AUGCCCCCGAUGCGACUUUGGGCACCCAUUUUCGAAGAACUUCUUUCCUCCCAGAGUAGAAUGCAACUGAUCUCCAUGUUGCCCCACUCACUUCAGGCGCGGCUUCCGCCGCUGCGGGCGAUCCGCAAGAGCGUCAGUUUGCAGACCCUCACCUCCUCGAGCAGACAAACCCACACUCGCUCCCUGUCCGGACUUGAUGGCGCUCCCCCGAACAUCAGCCAGGCUCGUAUCAUCUCGGAGAGCACCGAAGAGCACAUGAGCCUGGUGGCCACCGAGCACCAUCAAUCAUCCCGGACAUACGAAGUCAACACCCGUCCCGAAAGGCACGACCAGCAGCCGCAGCAACAGCAGCAUCAACAACAGCAACAGCAAUAUCAACAGCAAUAUCAAUAUGAACAGUGGGCGCAAAAUCAAGAGAGUCCAGGCGCUGAGAUACACUGGCAAUAUGCUCAGCAAGGUAUGAAUCUGUUCAGGGCUUCUCAAGAUGAAGCGCGCUCUUCUCAAGCCAAAUUUCGGCGUAAAGCUUUCCUAGACGGCGUGGAAUACAUCUUGAGGGCGUUGCCAAACGACUUGAACGAAGGCGAGCUCAGUCGACUGCGCUCGUCAGUGCCCCCAAACUUUAUCCCCGAGCCAACCCCCGGGGGCCGAGCGCAUUCGCCAUUACGCGGCGCGAACGGAGGAAGAUCGAUUCUUCACCGAGGCGUACAGUCUGCCGUCGUCAACAUUUUUAUUCUCAUUCACCUUGCGCUGCCCUACAUUAUUCUCCUUUUGAGAUUUGCGGCCCGCACCGAGAGAGAAUACAGGAUAUCCGAGAACAUCGUGGGCGCCGGUAUGAGCUUCGCCAACACCGUCGGCAGCCAAGGCAUGAGAAUAACCGGGGCUCUCUGUAAUGUGGGCGACGGCAAAGUUGGACAAGCACUGACUGAAGCCAUCGCCUGGACUGUUGAAGGGUUCACUGGGGGCCUUUCUGACGGCGUUGGCGAAGGCCUUACCAUCGUGGGCGCGAGACGACAAUGA